GCUUUGCUUUUGCUUUCGAGUCCCAGAGUAAAAAAAAUCUUCGUCAUCAUUUCUGUGCGACCUACCCACUACCCUUUCGUGUUUUAAAGAAACGAAACUCAGAGAUUUUCUUGCUGCUGCAGUAACUGAGUUUCGUUUUUGGCUGUGUAAGAAAAACAAAUUGAAUGUUUUCAUGGCGGUUUCGAAGGUCGUGAUUUUGUUGUCAAUCUUUUUAGCCCUAAUUUUCACGCAUGUUGGUGCUCAUGCUUCGGUUGGAGAAGAAGAUGAUUCAGUGCCAGUUGAAGUUGUUGGAUCCGACGGUGGUCCCGAUUCGUCCGCUUUGAAGAUCGAGUUGGAUCAACUCAAGUCUAAGAUCCAUACCCUUGAAUCUCACGUUGAUGAGAAAAAUGGAGAAUUGAAAAAGAAAGAUGAUAUAAUCGUACAGAAGGAGAAAAUCAUUCAAGAAAAGUCGGGUAGCAUUUCAUCCUUGAAAAGUGAUAUCGAAUCUCUCCAGAAAAAAGGGACAUCAGAUGCUGAGGAACAGGUUGUAAAGGCUCAUGCUCGUGCUGGUGAAUUGGAGAAGCAGGUUGAAAAACUUAAAAGGGAAUUGGAAGCACAAAAAAAGGAGAAAGAGGCCUUGAAAUCCAGGACAAAUGAAUCCGAAAAGAAGAUUAAGGAAUUGAGUUCAACAAUAGAGAAUCUCCGGAAGGUUAGUGAUGAGCAAAAGACCAGGAUUCAAAAAACUGAACGCGCUCUUAAAGUGGCUGAGGAAGAAAUGAUUAAGGCAAAGCUCGAUGCCACUUCCAAAACAAAAGAGCUAAAUGAGGUUCAUGGUGCGUGGCUUCCACCAUGGCUUGCUGUGCAUUUUUUCCAUUGUCAGUCCCUCAUUGAGACACAUUGGAAAGAGCAUGGAAAACCGUCCUUGGAUCUGGUGAUUCAGAAGGCCCUGGAGAAAAAAGUGCAAGCUGAAAAGUGGGCUGAGCCCCAUGUGGAAACAAUUAAAACUAAAUGGAUCCCAUCGAUAAAGGAACAGUGGUUAGUGGUAAAAACAUCUGCUGAACCACAUUUGCAGUCAGUAACUACAAAGACUAUUGAAAUUUAUGAGUCAUCAAAAAGUGCGAUAGCUCCACAUGUUGUGAAAGUACAAGAAGUUGUAGAUCCCUACUUUCAGGAAGCAAAGAAGUUCAGUAAGCCAUAUAUUGAUCAAGUUGCCACUGUCACAAAGCCUCAUGUUGACAAAGUGCAUGAGGUUUUAAAACCCUAUACAAAGGAAGCAGUUCAUGCUUAUGGGAAGUUCCUACAACAUGCAACAACAUAUCAUAAUCAGGUUCAAGCCACUGUCCAAGAGAGGCUGAAAAGACAUGAACUGACAAAACCUCUUGCUACUAAAGAGUUUGAAUGGUUUGCGGCUUCUGCUUUAUUGGCACUGCCCAUCAUCAUUCUGUUCAGAAUGGUCUCUUCCUUACUUUGCAAAAAGACUAAGAAACCUGCUCGAAGUACUAAUACCAAUCAUGCACGUCGUAAGCAUAAAAGGGGACAUCCAGACCAAUAGACAGGCAGGACUUGUUCAUUACCUUUUUUGGUGAGUAGGUGGGAUUUGUGCUUUAGCAAGGCUCCUCCAGGCUGUUAGUUUUUUGUCAAUUAACUCUGCUGUUUCUAAAGCCUCUUCAGCUACUUUUUGCUCGUUUUGUGAAGAAAAUUUUAGAAACUUCGUCACGUACUUGGUUAGACAUAUCAUGAGGUUUAGAAGUUCCUGAGUUUUUUUUUUUUUUUCUUUCUUAAUUUAUGUUUUUUAAAGGUGUAAUUUUAUUUUUUAUUUUUAUAUGAUACAUAGGACAAGGGUUUGGGUUUUGGCUUAGAUGCUCAUUUGUUAUUGAAUCCAUAAAUAUCUGUUGUGCUAGUAUUUCUAUUUCAAUAUAAAGAAUUUAUAAUUUAUGAGA